AUGUCGCGGGCUUCCUCCACUUCGGCACCCACGCUGAGCCCACGAUUCUGCUUCAAUGAGAAGCUGCUCACAGACUUUCUUCGCCUCUCUAGGACUACGAUAGAUGACUCGAUAAGCCAAAAUCUGAACGCCUUGUUCACUCCCUCGCAAAAGGGGUUUGAUCCUUCCUCAACUGCGGUGCGCCAGACAACGUCAGAUACAGAAAAAUCGAUCGAUCCCGCCGCCUGUCAGGGAUUCAAAGAGAAUGUAUUGUUCCCUUCGUGGCAGACACGCUCCGACGUGCUCAACUACUGCGCGGGUGUAGCCACAAGCCCUGAUCCGGACGACCCCGAUCUCGUCCUCCGAGAAACCGAAUCUGCAAAGGACCGAGAGCGAGUUGUUGAUGAGAGACUGGACCCAUAUUCUGCUCGAUUCUUCCCCCGGGAAGCGCGCACAGAGUCACUGGCGAACGUAGUCCGAACACAACGCAGCGUGGAAGAAAUUGUUCGGUCUCGGACAUGGGGUCUAGUGUCUGAAAGAUGCGGCAGCUCGUCUGCAGGGUGGGGGGAAGAGCUCAACAGCUGGCGCGAAACACGGCAGCCGCGACAGCAGGCGCCGCCAACGACGAAAUAA